CCCUCCCCAAGGCAAGCCUGCCACAGCCCCAACCACAAGGCAACUUCGCACCCCAACCCUUGAACCGCUCCCUAUAGUAUCUGGAGAGAGAUCCCAUAUAGAUAACAUUGCAUGUCUCUGUAUGACUCAGACUCGCUUGCGUGUUGGUGAGCAGACAGCUGCUGUCUUUUCAGCUGUUAUCACUUACUGCAAUGUUCCCACUCCUGCCCGUUAUCUUCAGUUGGACGCAGAAACUUUUAACAUUGGCUGUCUCAGUGUGUUGUGAGAAUAAUGCAAAUCUUUAGACCCACAUAAAAAAAAACACAAUGGCAGAUUAAAUUAUUUUUCUGGCAACUGGCAAGUCCAUUAAAAAAAAAAAAAAGGCCAGGCUGGUCAAAUACCCACUAGGUGGUAACCUCAGUGGCCAUCGUAGGGCCCAUGCAUGUGUAGAUGGGGUGCAGGAUCUCCUGUCUGGGCUGGGAAGAUAAGCAGGAUUUGUGACAUGGGAAAGGGCAAAGUGAAUCUGUUUGACUGGAGGACGUGGGUGACUAGCAUUGAAUAUUGACUGACGCCCACACAUGGGUGGGGCAUGCAUAGGCAGAGGCAGCCCAGCUCAGGACCCAUUUGCACAAGGUUUCUCCUACACAGCGGCAAAUCCCACCAGGGAGAUGCCUGGCCAUGCGUCUUGGGAUCAGCUAGGCCCUGUCAAUCUGCAGUUGACCAACACAAAUUGGAAACGUGUUUGAAUGGAUCUGUGUUUGAAUGGAGUUUAGCUUUCGGUUUAGCUAGGGUGACCAGAUGUCCUGAUUGUAUAGGGACUGUCCCAUUAUUUGGGGCUUUGUCUUACGUAGGCGCCUUUUACCCCCCACCCCCGUCCCGAUUUUUCACACUUGCUGUCUGGUCACCCUAGCUUUAGCACAUGGUUCAAAGUCCUGUGUAGAGGGAGCCUAAGGGCCAGAUUUUCAGAAAUAUGUAGGCGCCUAAAGACGUAGAUAGAUGCCUAUGGGGAUUUUCAGAAUCGCUUACGCAGGUUAGGUGCCUGACUCCCAUAGAGACUCACGCAUCCAGCUAAGCCCCAUCUGCAUUUGAUACACCUAAACAUCUGGCCUUAAGAGCUUUGCAUAAAUGGGACCACAAUUCACCCUUGGUAAGAGACAUUGGUGGCUGUCGGGUCCCAUUUUUGCCAGUGUAGCCACAGCCUCAGUGCAGCACUCUGGGAUGUCUGCCUAGUGCAGUGCUUUAUAAAUCUGACUUCCAGGUCCUAACUCCCUUUCCUUCUCCUUCCAUUCCCUCCCCUCCCACCAUGAUUCAAUGGGAGACCUGCUCUGCUUGUUGUGUUCCCACCCUUUCUGGGCAGAACGUUCCUGGUGACUCUCUCCCUGGCCUGCGUUACAGGCUGCUGGAGCCCUGGGCCCACAGAAAGAUGGCGAACAUCGGUGACCUGCCCGAAGAUGUCCUGGUGGAACUCUUUUCCCUGGUCCCCGCCCGGGAGCUGAUCUGUAACUGCCGGCUUGUCUGUGUCCUGUGGCGGGAUGUGGUCAACUUAGCCACGGUGUGGAAACGCAAGUGCCAGCGGGAGGGCUUUUAUCAUGAGAAGUGGGACAAGACUAUCAAGGACUGGAAGAUCUUCUAUGUCCUCUGCAGCCUGAAGAAAAACUUACUCAAAAAUCCUUGUGCUGAAGAGAGCUUUCAGUCCUGGAAUCUGGAUCCAAACGAGGGAGAUGAAUGGAAAGUCGAGGAUCUGCCUGGGCCACACGGGACAGACUUUCCCAGCCCACACGUGCGCAAAUACUUUGUCACCUCUUAUGGGCAGUGUCUAAAGUCUCAGCUCAUUGACCUAAAGAAAGAGGGUUACUGGGACCAGCUGAUGGAUGAAAUACGGCCUGAUAUUGUAGUCAAGGACUGGUAUGCUGCUAGGUUUGACUGUGGGUGCCGUUAUGAACUCUGUGUGAAGCUGCUCUCUGCAGACUACAUCGUCCUUAACGAGUUCUGUCCGGAACCAGUGGUCAUAGAGCAAUGGAGUGAUGCAAAGUGGAGAGAGAUCUCUUACACCUUCCGCAACUACAAGGCUGGAGUUCGUCACAUCUUGUUUGAACACGGAGGACAGGACACGCAGUACUGGGCGGGAUGGUAUGGGUGCAGAGUGACGAACAGCAGCAUCACCAUUGAGCCAGGGAGGUCACCAUAGAGAGGCCACGAGGCAGACUCCGGCUCGGGGCCCUGGAAUCAGAAGGCCGCUCGUAGCACUUGGUGAUCUGCGUGAGCUCUGCCAGGUCAGACGUGGGCUGGUGUCAGCUUUUGGUUUUGCUGUCCCCAGCCUCUCCGUGACUGUAUUUUCAUAUCCUGGCUGGAGUCUGAAGAGCAAGUGCUCCUGGGUAACACCAAGCCUCCUACAAGCUCUGCCCUCUGAAAUGACUUGUCUUCCCUGGGACUCCAUAUUAACCUCAUGCAUCUCGCACCAGGGACAUCAGCCAGGCCAAGCAGCCGAGUGUCUUUCUCAGAGCAGGGAAUGUGCUCCGGGGCUACUGCCAACUAAGGAAUCGGCCUCUUCUGAAAGGCAUGGCUAACUCAGCACUCUGUCCCUCAUCUCCUCCCCUGUUCACCCUAAUUGAGCUUGGAUUGAAAAGCAGGCUCUUGGCAGACGAGGCCAGUUAACUGAGUGGUGGGACAGCUGCGGGGCUUGGGUGGAAGUCUCCCCAGCAGUUACACCCCUAGAAGCAGACAGGAAGGAAGAGGGGGAGCCUGGAGGAAGGCAGAACUGGCUACGGCUACUACUGUACCCUGAGCCAGAAGCAAAGGGGGAUGCUGCCGGCUCACUGUAAACAUAAAAUACAAUAAACCAGGGUGGCGAUGAAGGAGACCCAGAGCGGUUAUGGUCUGUGGUUAAGGCCUGAAGGGACCAUGUGGGGACAGGGACCUUUGUUGUUUUCCCUACUUUAAUGUCAGGAUUUUCAAGUCUUUUUAUUGGAGCACUUUGCUUUGAAACAUGAGCUCUCUCUCCCUUCUCACAUAGGAGUUAGGGUUGUUUUGAAUCUUUCAGGGGCUUUGCUUCCAAUGGUUCAUUGGGCACAGGAGUUAGAGAUGUAAACCAGUUCUAAGUAGUCUGAAUUACAUUGCUUUCUUGGUAUCGCUCAUCAAACAGCUGGGUUCUCCAGGCAGCCACAGAAGCUUCUCUGGAAAAUAAGGUGAGACUCCAGUGUGUAGUGUGUAAAGCAACAACAAAAAACUGCCAGGCCUCUUUUGUACGCUGAAAACAAAAACAACCCCCUGGACCUAAGCCCUCUUUCCCCUGUAUGUCACUUUGCCAUGUUUCCUACAGCUUGGAAAGAAACUAGACGCUGAUUUCAGCCUUGGGUGGUCCUGACAGCUGCAGAUUGACUAAGUAAAGACCAGGUUCUAGCUCCAGAGAAUCCUCUCUCUGUACACUAGUCCUGGGCAGUAUUGCUUUCGUGUGUGGAUAGAGGGAAGGUGCAGGGUGAUCCUAGGACCAAGGAAAGGGAGUUGGGGGGUGGGGUGGGGAAGAGGGUUAUUUUUCUCUUCAUAAACUGUCUGCCUUACCCCUGAAGUGCUUAUGCUACUGGCUGGCCAAUAGGAAUGAAUAAAGUGAUAUGUAUAUUCCUAGUCAA